AUGGGCAGGGCCCCAGACAGGCAUAGCCACUGUCUGGCGCCCGGUUCCUGCUUGACCACUCACUGCCUGUCUCCUCCCCGGGAAAGCGCUCAGGGCCCCUUCCGGGCGCCAGCCCACCCGCCCCAGCGGGCGGAGGGCGGUGGGUACCGAGCCCAGGGCGCCCCGCGCACCCAGCCGUUGAGGGACCUGGCGAGUGUCCGCCAGGGUGCUGGGAGCCCGGCUGCGGAGAGCGCCCCUCGCCCCGAUUUACCUGCUCAAGUUUUCUUUCUAGGGAGCAGCAGAAUAGCCACAGGAGAGGGAGGCCGACCAGGAGGACAAAGGUGCUUUUGCAGAGAGAGGAGGAGCAUGGCCAGUGGGAACGGGCUCCCUUCCGCCUCGGCCCUGGUGGCCAAGCGCCCAUCUGCCCUGGGCCCAUUUCCCAGAUACAUCUGGAUCCACCAUGACACACCCCAAGACAGCCUAGACAAGACGUGCCACGAAAUCUGGAAGAGGGUUCAGGGCUUGCCAGAGGCCUUGAAACCCAGGACCUGGGCAGAGCAACUCUCUGCCUCCGCAGCUGUGACUUCAAGAGACAACCAGCUGGCAUUCCAAGAAGAAGCACUGGAGCUCAGCAGUGACAAAGAUGAGAUCUCCCUGUUGGUGGAGCAAGAGUUCUUGAGCCUCAACCAAGAGAACCUCAUCCUGGUGAAAGAGAGCUCCAUUGAGCUGGAGUCGCCCCGUGGCUCUCCUGAGGGCAAGGGAGAGCCGACCCCCUGCAUUCUCGGACCUCCUCCUCUUCUAGAAGCAGACAGUAUUGAGCUCCCAGGAGUCUCCAUCACCAACAGUGACCAGCUUCUGGAACAGAAGGUGGCCAUGCCCGUUAUCGGCAGCCGGCAGAACUGUGACUCUGCCCUCUCUACAGUCACGGGCAUUCUGCGCUCUGCCAAGGUCAAGAGUACCAAAGGGUCAGAAGAUGGGGGCUCCAGCCUGGGAACCUCCAACCUAGAGAUCAGCAAACUACUGGCUCAGUUCCCACUGAAGUCCACCGAAACGAAGGCCUCUGAAAAUAAACUGGUCCUGGAGGAGACGAAGGUCAUCAAGGACUUCCUGCAGAACAGCGUGUUCAGUGACUCAGGGCCCAAGGAGCCAGCAGGACUGGGUCCAUUUCUGAUGCUGCCGCCCCCACCUCCUCUUGCACCUCUGGAUAAGCUCUCUGAGCUUCCUACUCAGAAGAGGCAGCUCCCAGUGUUUGCUAAGAUCUGUUCCAAGCCUGAGGUGGACUCAGCCCUGGAGGGGCAACACUUGAUAGAGCGGAAUCCUGGCACCAAGGAGCUGACCAAGGGUCGUGAGAGCCUCUUCCUUAGUCAGUGUCCCCAGAGUCUGAAGGACAGCUGUGGUGAGGAAGGUUGCAGUGACCCAGGGGGCACCAUGUCCAUGGCCUUGCCAACGAAGAAGUCUGCAUGGCCAGCUGAGAAGAACCUGCUCUAUGAGUUCCUUGGGACCACCAAGAACACCAGUAGGCCGUUGAGGCUUCGUAGCAAAAUGGAUAUGGAUGGGCUGGAGCUGAAACUCAACCCACCUGUAACAGUGGCAGAGAAGAACAGCAAGUAUACCGGGAACGUUUUCACGCCAAGAUUUGCCCCAGCAUUGACCUCAGCAGCUCUGAACCAGCCAUUCUGGCUCAACCUCAACUAUCCACCUCCGCCAAUGUUCACAAAUCAGUCCACUUUCCCACAGUAUCAGGGCAUGUACCCACAAAGAACGGCGAGGAUGCCCUACCAGCAGGCCGUGCAUCCCCAGUUGGGGUGCUACUCCCGACAGGUGUCGCCGUACAACCCACAGCAGAUGGGACAGCAGGUUUUUCGAUCUUCCUACCCCCCUAUGCUGAGUUACAUCCCCUUUGUCCAGCCCAACUAUCCAUACACUCAGAGGACUCCUCCAAAGAUGUCCACCAAUCCCCGAGACCCUUCUCCAAUGGCAGGAGAUGGGCCACAGUACCUCUUCCCCCAGGGAUAUGGGUUCAACUCAACAGCUGGUGGGCCAGUGAUGAACAGCCCUUAUUUUUCGUCUAGAGGGAAUGGCGUAAAUUUUUAG